CCUGUUGUAAUGUUGGAACAAGUGAUAACAAAAGGUUUAUAUUUUAAGAGGCACCUAACAGUUAGAGUUUAGCCGGCGAGAAGUAAGUUAGUAGAACACCAUCUGUUCCGAAACGUAAACCGCGAUUCCUCACAGUCACAAUGAAUGCUGGAUACAAUUGGAUGCCAUGGUCUGCCUACCAGGGAGUUCCACCGGCCGCAGUUUACGCUGGGAACGAUCAAGAUGGUUCGGCGAUUUACGUGGGCCGUGCUUUCCACGAAGGAGACCAACUUCCGGCGAAAGUAAUUCCAAGUAAACAAGCGGCCUAUGUGUCACACAAUGGGUGCGAAAUUUUCAAAUCAAACUUCGAGGUCUUAAGUGGGCAUGGUUUCACCUGGGUGCAUAGUAGCAACGGUCAUGUUCCAAGUGGUGCCGUGCUAUGUGGAAAUACAGUUACUGGGGAGCCUCUGCACAUUGGUCGCGCCCAUCAUGAGGGAAGUUUGACUCCGGGUAAAAUUCAUCGCAGCCAUGGUUGCCUCUACAUUCCAUUUGGAGGAGCUGAGCAGAGCUUCCUUCAUUAUGAAGUUCUCGUCGGCCAACAGAGAACUAACUGGCAUCACUGCUCUGCUGGAGCACCUCUGCCACCGGGCGCCAUUUUGGCGGGUAACGACAGUGACAGCUCUCCGAUUUACGUUGGACGUGCUUUCCACGAGGGCGAUCAGAUUCCCGCAAAAGUGCUUCCAAGCAAACAAAUCGCUUACGUCAGUUACAACGGCCAGGAAAUUCCGAAACAUUCCUAUGAAGUGCUCUGCAAUGGUAACGUGUCUUGGGUUCCGGCUGGAUUUGGCAGCGUUCCGCCGAACGCCGUCCUCGGGGGCCGAACGUCAACUGGGGAAACUUUGUACAUCGGUCGGACCCACUAUAUGGGAAGUUUGACCCCGGGCAAGAUCCACCCGAGUCACCAAACGCUGUAUAUUCCCUAUGGUGGCAGUGAGGUUGCAAUUAAGAGCUACGAAGUAUUGAUUGAAAACUAAACAUUUUUAUUGACAAGCUUUCAUAUUGUGACCUGUAACGAAGAUUUUGUUAUUUUGAAUAAACCUUCAUUCAAAAAGUACAA